CUAAUGUUAGCUUGUGAAAGAGGACAUGAGGACAUUGUACACAGUUUACUGUCUGCUGGAGCUAAUGUUAACAUUCAGGACAAUAAAGGAUGGACAGCACUAAUGAGAGCAAGUAAAUAUAAUCACAUUUCAAUCAUUCACAUGUUACUACAAGCUAAUGCUAAUCCUCACCUGAAGAAGACAUUGGGUGGAUCAAAUGCUUUAAUGAUUGCUACUUACUUUGGUAACUAUGAAGUUGUUGAGCUAUUGAUUAGCAAAGGAAUUGAUUAUAAAUACCUACGAAAAGAUCAUGGAGAUGGUUGGAAUGCUUUAAUGUUGGCUUGUGAAAAUGGUCACACUCAA